AUGACCCGACCGUGGUACCGCACCCGCCCAACAACAUGGCACCUAGACAUGGACCGCUUCAUCAACCCCUUCAUCCCCGCCUCCGUUUUACCCCAUUUCCCGACGCCAAUCGCUUACUUUUUGGGUUACCGAGGUCCGAGAUCGCGACGGGCGAAAAAGCCGCCGCUGGGGAAUAUAGCAAUCAUCUUCUUUGCGUUUGUGGGCGUCUUUGUUACCAUUACGAUUAUUGGGGCGGUGGGGGAGCAUUAUGAGGGGUUUAGGGGGAGGGGGGUGCCGGUUGUUGUGGGGAGUUUUGGCGCAGCAGCAGUCCUAGACUUCUACGCCAUCGAAUCCCCCCUCUCCCAACCCCGCAACGCCAUCGGCGGCCAACUGGUCUCCUGCAUAGUCGGCAUCUCCAUCGCCAAACUCUUCGCCUUAUCCCCCAACUUCGAAUCCAUCCGAUGGCUCGGCGCCUCGCUAGCCUGCGCCAGUGCGACAGCCGUCAUGGCGCUCACGGGAACGGUCCACCCGCCCGCGGGCGCGACGGCACUAAUGGCGGUGCUGGAUGAUCAGGUCCAGGCGCUGGGGUGGUUUUUGAUUGCGCCCGUGAUGCUGGGGUGUGCGAUUAUGCUUGUUUGUGCGCUUUUGGUGAAUAAUUUGCAAAGAAGGUUUCCUAUGUAUUGGUGGAGUCCGGAGAAGACGGGGGGGGUUUGGAGUGGCCCCCCGGGGAAGGAUGGGAGCGGGGAAGAGGUGACCAUGGAGACAGAGGAGAAGGGGGGAGAGAAGGGACUGGGAGGUAAAGCUGGGUCGAGUUCGGAGUCGCGACUGGGGAGGGGAGCGAGGAGUGAUGAGACGUUGAGAGAAGGAGAUGUAGAUAUUGAAGCGCAGAGUGGGACGUUGUCCGAGUCGGGGGAUGAUAAUGACAAUGAGGGGAGGAGGAAAAAGAAGGAGGAUGGCGAUGGUGAUGGUGAUGAGAGAGGGCCGAGGGUGGUGAUUUCGAGGGGAGGGGUGGAGAUUCCUGAGGGUCUUAGUCUGAGGCCGGAAGAGGUGAGUUUUUUGGAGACGAUUUGUGAGCGGUUAUGAGCUCUUGAGAGCAAGCGUGUUUGAGCGUGUUGGCGUUUGAGCGUUCUUCGAGUUAGGAUACCACUUAGUUAAAACGGAUUGGGGACAAAGAUGUGAUGCCAUGACGAUGUGAGGCCCUCCAGGUCGGCAAGUUUCAGACCUUUCUGUUUGAUUGGCG